GUUUCGUGCCGAGGCAGCAAGCGACGAUGGCGGAGCAGUUGCUGCACACCGCCAAUGGUCGUGGUGACGGUGGUGAUGGGAGCGAUGGGGUCAGUGGUGUGGCUGAGAUGAACAAGGCCAUCCAGGCAUUUGUCACAGAGCAUAAUGGCACGCCGUCGCUGCUUGCAGCUGGGGUGUCAGAGGCACAAAAGACACGUCUGGUACAGCUUCUCAUCGACUGCGCUUCGCAACAUGGCUACGACAUCACAACGACAUGGUCUGCACUCAGAAUAUGCAGCCGCGAUCCGCAAGGAAUGGGGCCUGUGCUCACGCAGACGGGCCUGCAAACACUCUUAUCCUGCGUUGAGGAGCACCAUGAAGCAGAGUGUCUGAAGGUCCUGAUCAACCUGGCCAUCACCAGCCCAGGUUUGCUGCAACCGCUCGUGGCACACCUCAAGGUGCUUGAAGUCUUGGAGCGAACGGCCGCCAAUGUGAGCGCCCCAUCUGGCAGCGAAUCAGCAGCCGCAUUCGCGCCACUGCUGAUGAAGGCAAUAUUUGUGCUGCUGGCCAGCUAUCCACCCCUCCACCACGAGCUCAUGUCCUUGAAUCGACUGCAGCCAUUUGUUGACACUGUCACCACACACACCACAACCCAGCCCGACUUUGCUGCUGAAGCGUUGAAGGUGUUGUUCGUGGUGUGCAGCGGGUGGUGGAAAACAGCACCGCUGGACCCGCCACUCAUCGCCACCAUCUCCGCCAUCACCGCGUCGCUGGCGCCAUGGCUAUGGCACGCCAUCCGCUCGUCCCCGCUGCGGGCGCCGCUGCUCAGGGCCGCGCUCGAGUUUCUCGUCGCCGUCCCGCCACCCUGUCUCCCCGCCGUUGAGGACGACGACGUCGACCGCGGUGUUGAUCCGAUCAGCGGCCGGCGCGCCACACGUGAGCCCGUGCAGUGGUCGAGCGAGGAGGAGAAGGAACGCACGGCCCACGAGCUGCUGUCGCUGAUUGACCGCCUGAACAAGUUGGGCGUGAUCAGAUGCAACCUGCCCCACCCAGAUGACAUGCCCGAUGCUGGUGGUGAUGAUGGCGAUGGCGACGGUGAUGGUGAAGAGGGAGGCUUGUCGUCUUCAUAACUAACGUGACACAACGUGAACUGGUUUCCGUCUCUCUUGUAAACAACCACCCAACAUCCUGAUUUCUGUUUAAUUGCCACAGACAAGCAUUUGUGCGUGUAUGUGAAUGUGUGUUGCUGCGUAUGCACGACAGUGUUGAGAAAGAAAGGAAGAAAAGGAUGGACAG